AAAUGCUCAUAAUAUAGCGAUUAUGUUGUGAAUGGUUUUUAUUGGGAGGCGAGGAUUCCAAAAGCAACAUCAGGCGAACGCAAUCGGUCAAAGGAAGAGCAAACAACAUCUCUCGGAGCCUGAGCCUGAGCCUGAGCCUGAGCCCAGCCAUGAGCCUCUUUGGUCUCGGCAGAAACCAGAGAACAUUCCGCCCCAAGAAAAGUGCACCUUCUGGGAGUAAGGGAGCACAACUUAGACAGCACAUUGAUGCUACACUAGGUAGUGGAAAUCUGAGGGAAGCAGUAAAGCUACCACCUGGGGAGGAUUUAAAUGAGUGGCUUGCUGUUAACACUGUUGAUUUCUUCAACCAGGUCAAUCUUCUUUAUGGCACCCUCACAGAGUUUUGCACACCUGAGAAUUGUCGAACAAUGUCUGCUGGUCCCAAGUAUGAGUAUAGAUGGGCAGAUGGUGUACAAAUCAAGAAACCUAUUGAAGUUUCUGCUCCAAAAUAUGUAGAAUAUCUAAUGGACUGGAUUGAAGGACAGCUUGAUGACGAGUCCAUAUUCCCCCAGAAGCUUGGUGCACCAUUUCCUCCCAACUUCAAGGAUGUUGUGAAGACAAUAUUCAAGCGACUGUUCCGAGUAUAUGCUCACAUAUACCAUUCUCACUUUCAGAAAAUUGUGAGCCUCAAGGAAGAGGCCCACCUAAACACUUGCUUCAAGCAUUUUAUACUGUUUACCUGUGAAUUUGGUUUGAUUGACAAGAAGGAGCUGGCUCCCCUUCAAGAGCUCAUAGAAUCCAUUGUCGUACCAUACUAGAUAUGUGAAGAGGGUUGAACCGCAUCUUGAUAAAUCAUUACUGAGAAACAUAACUAAAUGAUUACUUGUAUUUGUGUUAGAUAUGUUCUAGCAGAGAUACAGCAGGUCUAGUUUAUCCUUCACUGCCACAAAACAUGACAUAGGCAAUGGAUUAUGCAUACUACUGAUUGUAUGUUUCUUACUGAAAUAUUGUUAGUACUUUGAUCUUGCAAGGCUUGUUGCCGGAAUAAAUCUCAUUGCUAACAUAGCAAUACGUAAUGUGUAUGAAUUUAUGGAUUUGAACAAUAAGAAAUCACAAUAAUAACUAGAACAAUGCUGUAAUUUCUCUGAUUUA